UCUUACUUUAACCAAUAUGACUGAUCAACGGGGGACAAGGGUGUAUGUGGGCAACUUAACCGAUAAGGUGAAGAAGGACGAUCUAGAAGGCGAGUUUACAAAGUACGGUAAACUCAACUCUGUGUGGAUUGCAUUCAAUCCACCCGGUUUUGCCUUUGUUGAAUUUGAGCACCGCGACGAUGCCGAAAAAGCGUGCGAUAUUUUGAACGGCUCUGAGCUGCUUGGCUCACAGUUGCGUGUUGAAAUCUCCAAAGGACGUCCAAGACAAGGAAGACGCGGUGGAGGCGGUGACAGAGGCCGACGCGGUGAUUCCGGCCGACACAGUAUAACUAACAGCAGCAGCAGCGGCGGCUUUAGACAGCAGAGGGGCUCAAGCAGUAAUAGCGGCCGCCAUGUUGACCGCGGCUACAGUUCAAGCCGCUCUAGCGGUGGCUACGGUGGCAGUGGACGCGAAAGUGGCAGCAAUGGCUUCAGUCGUCGUGAUAUGUACAGUGGGUCGCGAGAAAGCAGCCGCUAUGGUGGGGGCAGCAGCUCCAGUUAUGGUCGAAGCAGUGGCCAAGGAGGAGGACGUUUCAGAUCUCGUUCGCCAGCUGGCAAUCAUCGUUUUUAAUAUUCAAUGAGCUAACAUCUGAAACUUCACAUUAACCUAAAUUACACAUCUGUGCGAUACUAAUGCUAUCCGUCGGCACUAAGGAAGCAUUAUUAAUGUGUAAAUACAUGCAUACAUACAUUUACAAUUGAAAAACAAAAGCAAAAAAAAAUAAAAAAUUAUGAUUUGGUUUUAUAAAUCGCAAUGGCAAUAAUCCCCAUUAAAGAUGAACACAACACGAUUAAUAUUAGCGCUGAUAAACAUAAAGCAUACUUAUAUUACCAUAUUUAUUUCACAUUCGCAUUGCAUAAAAUAAAUAUUUGAUUAAAAACGCAAAAAACAUUCAAAUUUAAGAGCUAAAUUAGCCCACUAUUUAAAUUAUUAAGAUACCAAUAUACACAUAUACAUAUAUUACAAGAUAUGUACGGACUAGUUUUACCGAAACCUAGAAUAUAUAAUUCUAAUAAAAUUGUCAGAAUCGUAAACACCACACGCUUGUAAAUAAUUCAAUGUAACGGGAAGUUCAGGUACUCAAUUUUUUUUAUAGA